AACCUGCAUAGAAUUAUGCAGCUUCCAGGGUUGGGAGAGGGGAUUUAUCCAGUGGGUCGAGGCUGGCUUGGUGGAGGAGGGGGGUGGGGAGAAGGCCUUUGUGCACGCCCCUUUUCAUCAACCAGCGGGCCAAAAGAAAGAGAGGAAAGCAACAGCAUCCCAAACCUCAGUCCUUGCAGCUCCUCCAUCUGCACCGCGGAGCUGGACGGACCAGCCAGAAUGUGGGGAGCUCUGCUGCUUAAAGUCCUCCUCGUCUUCAUAUGUUGUGGUAGAUGGUGCCAUUCUGAGGGAUGUGAACUGGGGCAGUUCCGCUGUGGGACAGGUCGGUGUAUACCAGGGGACUGGCACUGUGAUGGGACGUCAGAUUGUGUGGACGACUCCGAUGAACAAGGCUGCCCUCAGGUAACGUGUGACGACAGCCAUUUCCAGUGUCUGAGUGAUGGCGAGUGCAUCCCGGGUGUGUGGGUGUGCGAUAACGAGGAAGACUGCGAGGAUGGCUCAGAUGAGAGGCAGCACUGCCCUGGCAGGACGUGCAGCAGUGGCCAGUUCAGCUGCACUAACGGGGCGUGCAUCCCAGAAGAAUACCGAUGUGACCACCUGGCAGAUUGUCUGGAUGGAUCUGAUGAGAGAAACUGCAAUUACCCACAGUGUACCCAGAUGAGGUGUGCUAACGGGGCCUGCUACAACCGGACACAGCGAUGCGACCAUAUUCUUGACUGCCGCGAUGGUUCUGAYGAGGCCAACUGCACGCAGCACUGCAAUCCAGGCUUGUUUCAAUGUCGUAAUGGACUGUGUGUUCCUCAGCGGUAUGUGUGUGACCAUGACGAUGACUGUGGAGAUCGAAGCGAUGAGCUAAACUGCACGUAUCCCACAUGUAAAGGGAACUACUUCUCUUGCCCCAGUGGCCGCUGUAUCCACCAAGUGUGGCUGUGUGAUGGAGAGGAUGAUUGCGAGGACAACGCGGAUGAAAAAGGCUGUGGUAACMUACCACGGGAGUGUUACCCAGAGGAAUGGCCCUGUCCUUCCUCAGGUCUGUGUAUCCCCAUGGAUAAAGUGUGCGAUGGGAAGGCCGACUGUCCUGAGGGAGAGGAUGAAACAAACACCACUGCUGGACACAAUUGCAGUAUCUGGAGAUGUGCAUCUUUGAGCUGUGAGCAUCACUGUCAUACUUCCCCUGAGGGAGGAACUUGCUCCUGUCCUUCUGGAUACAUCGUCAGCAGUAAUGACAGUCGAUCAUGCAUAGACUUUGAUGACUGCUCCAUGUGGGGCGUGUGUGACCAGCUGUGUGAGGACCGGGUCGGCUCUCAUCGCUGCAGCUGCCGAGACGGCUACAUUUUGGAGCAGCAUAGAUACUGCAGAGCUGAUGCCUCGACUGGCGUUCCCUCCUUAGUUUUUUCUAAUGGCAGAGACCUGGUUAUCGGUGACAUCCAUGGCAACAGCCUGCGUACUUUGAUUCAUUCUCAGAAUAGAGGGGUUGCAGUGGGGGUGGACUACCACUAUCAUUUCCAAAUGAUCUUCUGGACUGAUACCAUCCAAAAUAAGGUGUUUUCUGUGCACAUGGAUGGUUCCAACGUGCAGGUGGUUUUAAAUGUAUCAGUUGACUAUCCUGAGAAUUUGGCGGUGGACUGGGUGAACAAUAAACUGUAUGUGGUGGAGGCCAGCGUCAACAGGAUUGACAUGGUGGACUUUGAUGGAAGUAACCGAGUUACACUCAUCGCUGAAAACCUAGGAAACCCUAGAGGACUGGCGGUGGACCCCACUGUUGGGUAUAUGUUCUUCUCAGACUGGGAAGCAGCAAAUGGACAACCAGGCCUUGAACGGGCCUUCAUGGAUGGAACCAACCGCUAUGGGAUUAUUGGCAGUAAACUAGGCUGGCCUGCUGGCAUCACCCUUGAUAUAGAGGCCAAGCGCCUCUACUGGGUUGACAGUCGCUACGACUACAUUGAAACUGCAACUUACGAUGGUCUGCAUAGAAAAACUGUUGUCCAUGGAGGUGCUUUGGUCCCACACCCAUUUAGCAUCAGUUUGUUUGAGCACAAUGUCUAUUUCACGGACUGGACCAAGAUGGCUGUGAUAAAAGCAAACAAGUUCACUGACAGCCAUCCUCAGGUGAUUUACUCAACAUCUCAGACGCCACAUGGAGUGGCAGUGAUACACCAGCUGAAACAGCCACAGGUGCCAAACCCCUGCGGUUCAGACAGAGGUGGAUGUGAGCAAAUUUGUGUUUUAAGCCACAGGAGUGAUAAUGGAGGCCUCGGAUACCGCUGCAAAUGUCGCAUGGGUUAUGAUAUACAAAGUGAUGGCAAACGAUGUAUGGCUGUGAGGCAGUUUCUGUUGUUCUCCAGCCAGUUGGCUGUGAGAGGAAUCCCCUUUAACCUCUCCUCUCAGGAGGACAUCAUCCUGCCCGUCACUGGAUCGCCCUCCUAUUUUGUCGGAGUGGAUUUUAGCGCUGAGGAUGACAGCAUCUUCUUCUCAGACACAGCAAAAGAUAUAAUCUACAAACAGAAAGUGGAUGGAACAGGCAGGGAGAUCCUGGCAGCCAACAGAGUGGACGGAGUGGAGGACCUGGCUUACGACUGGAUUUCAAAAAACCUGUACUGGACUGACCCUCGAUACAGGAGCAUAUCUGUCAUGAGGCUUGCUGAUAAAUCCAGGAGGGCCAUUAUACGUAACCUGAACAACCCAAGGGCCAUUGUGGUGCACCCUCUAAUUGGGUAUAUUUUUUGGACUGAUUGGUACCGGCCUGCGAAGAUUAUGAGGGCUUGGGGCGACGGGUCACAUGCUGUGUCUAUUGUCAACACUACUCUUGGCUGGCCAAAUGGCUUAGCCAUUGACUGGAGCUCAAUGCGUCUCUACUGGGUGGAUGCAUUCUUUGACAAAAUUGAGCACAGCAAUUUUCAUGGACAAAACAGGCUGACUUUGGAUCGAAUAACCCAGAUCUCCCAUCCAUUUGGCCUCACCAUCUUUGAAGGCUAUGCGUAUUUCACUGACUGGCGCCUGGGCGGCAUUGUGCGUGUGCGUAAGACUGACGGCGGGGCACUGGUCAUUAUCCGGAGAGGAAUCAGCCACAUCAUGCAUGUCAAGUCUUUCAACUCCAACUCUCAGAUCGGUUCCAACCUCUGCAACAGACCAACAAAUCCUAACGGGGACUGCAGCCACUUCUGCUUCCCAGCUCCAGACUCACAGAGAGUGUGCGGGUGUCCGUAUGGCAUGAGGCUGUCGCCAAACCAGCAGUCCUGUGUGGAAGACCCUUCCAAUGAGCCCCCCACACUGCAGUGUGGAGCCAACUCCUUCUCUUGUGGCAAUGGCAAAUGUGUCCCGCAGAGCUACAGAUGUGACGGCGUUGAUGACUGUCACGACAACAGUGAUGAAGCCAGCUGUGAAAUUAACAACACGACUUGUUCCCCCUCUGCCUUCACCUGUGUCAAUCGGCGCUGCGUGCCAGCCGGAUGGCGAUGUGACGGGCACAAUGACUGUUUUGAUGACAGCGAUGAGCUCAGCUGCCCUACACAGGUGCCUGGAACGUGCCCUGUUAAUCUGUUCACCUGUGCCAACCACAGAUGUAUCCCACACACCUGGCGUUGUGAUACAGAUAACGACUGYGGGGACGGUUCAGAUGAAGCAGACUGCUAUCUAGGAGGUACAUGUCACCCAGGACAGUUUCAGUGUCCAGAUCAUCGCUGCAUAGACCCGAACUAUGUUUGUGACGGAGACAGAGACUGUGUGGAUGGAGCAGAUGAACAGGGAUGCAUCUACAACUGCACAGUGAGUGAGUUUAAGUGUACCAGUGGUCACCAGUGCAUCAACUCCUUCUAUCGCUGCGAUGGAGUUUUUGACUGCAGUGAUCGCUCUGAUGAGCAGAACUGCCCCACUAGGCCUCCAGGGAUGUGCCACCAUGAGAGUGAGUUUCAGUGCCAGUCAGAUGGGAGCUGUGUCCCGUCUACGUGGGAAUGCGAUGGCCAUCCAGACUGUCAGGAUGGCAGUGAUGAGCAUCACGCCUGCCCGCCUCGUACCUGCCCUUCCUUCUUCUUCCGCUGCGAUAAUGGAAACUGUGUGCUACGCAGCUGGCUUUGCGAUGGAGACAACGACUGCAGGGACAUGAGCGAUGAAAGGGACUGUCCCUCACCGCCUUUCCAAUGUCCAAGCUGGCAGUGGCAGUGCCCCGGUCACAGUGUUUGCAUUAAUCUCACCACAGUGUGUGACAACACACCUGACUGUCCUAAUGGUGCUGAUGAGUCUCCACUUUGCAAUGAGCCUUUACCAGAUCAGGAAAGCUGCUCUGAUAACAAUGCUGGCUGCACACAUGGUUGUAUCCAGGGGCCAUUUGGGGCCCAGUGCACAUGCCCUGUGGGUUAUCAGCUCAGCAAUGACUCAAAAACCUGUGAAGACAUCGAUGAGUGUAAUCCCCCAGGACUGUGCAGCCAGCACUGCUUUAAUGAGAAAGGUUCUUUCCGCUGUCACUGCCAGGAUGGUUACACUCUUGAAGCAGAUCAACGUACCUGCAAGGUGUCAGAUUCGAGACAGGCGUUCCUGCUUGUGGCCAGUCGGAAUCAGAUCGUGCAAGAUGACAUAACCACUCAACCUAAUGUGGUCCGGUCGCUGGUUCGAGAUGGACGCAACAUUGUGGCCCUUGAUUUUGACUCUGUGUCUGAUCGCGUGUACUGGUCUGACACAAGCCAGGACAGAAUCUGGAGUUGUCACAAGAAUGGCAGUGACAGAGCUGUGGUAUUUGACAGUGGAGUGACUGUGACAGAAAGUCUCACUGUGGACUGGGUGGGCAGGAACUUGUACUGGACUGAUUAUGUCCUGGAAACAAUUGAAGUGUCCAAACUAGAUGGCACCCACAGGACUGUAUUAGUCAGUGAAAAUGUCACCAACCCUCGAGGUCUUGUGCUGGAUCCUAGAGAGAGUGCUCACUUGAUGUUUUGGACCGACUGGGGAAGGAACCCCCGCAUUGAGAGGGCAAGCAUGGAUGGGAAGCUGAGGACAGUAAUCAUAAGCAGCAAACUCUACUGGCCUAAUGGUUUAACCAUAGACUAUCCAAAUAGUUUGCUGUAUUUUGCUGAUGCUUACUUGGAUUUCAUUGACUACUGUGAUUACAAUGGCAACAACAGAAAGCAAGUUCUGGCCAGUGACUUGGUACUGCAACAUCCCCACGCAAUUACCAUUUUUGAGGAUUUUGUCUAUUGGACCGACAGAUACAUCAACCGGGUGAUGCGAGCUCAUAAGUGGCAUGGGGAGAACCAGACAGUGAUGCUGUUUAACCUCCCUCAGCCUAUGGGUCUGGUGGCAUUACACCCAGCCAGGCAGCCAGCAGGGCAGAACCAUUGCUUGGGGAGUCCCUGUACUCACAUCUGUCUACUCUCUGCUGUGGGACCAAGAUUUUAUUCAUGCGCCUGCCCCUCAGGCUGGACUCUGGCAGCCGACCAGUUCUCCUGCACCAGAGUUGAAGAUCCUUUUCUUGUGGUUGUGAGAGAUAGCAUCAUCUAUGGUAUUCCUUUGAACCCAGAAGAAAAGAGCAAUGAUGCUAUGGUUCCAGUGGCUGGUCUUCAAAAUGGCUAUGAUGUUGACUUUGAUGAUAGUGAACAGACCAUCUAUUGGGUGGAAUACCCAGGUGAAAUCCACAGGGUGAAGUCAGAUGGUACUAACAGGACAGAGUUUGCUCCUGCAGCCAUUCUUGGCUCCCCUGUUGGCCUGGCUUUGGACUGGAUAACUGAGAAUCUGUACUACACCAAUCCAGCCACACAGUCUAUUGAGGUUUUAAAGUUGAGAGGCGAGGUACAGUACCGGAAAACCCUAAUCACUAACAAUGGUUCUCCGACUGGAGCUGGCAGUCCUGUUGGCAUUGCAGUAGAUCCAGCACGUGGCAAACUGUAUUGGACAGACCAAGGAACAGAGAGUGGCAUCCCUGCUAAAGUUGCAUCUGCAGACAUGGAUGGUACAAACCCAGUCAACCUUUUCACCCACAACUUGGAUCACAUUGAGUUCAUCACUGUGGACAUCAAAGAAAACAAGCUGUACUGGGCUGUAACAAGCACAGGCAAAAUUGAACGUGGUGAUCCAGAUGGAAGUAAUCGCAUCACCAUCAUGACAGGCCUGUCUCACCCUUGGGGUGUGGCUGUUUAUCAGAGUUACCUGUACUUCACUGACCGUGACUUUGAGGUCAUAGAGCGUGUGGACAAGUCCACCGGUGCCAACAGGGUUGUGUUGAGAGACAACGUGUCAGGACUUAGAGUCCUAAAAGUUCAUUUUCGAGAGACAUCUGCAGGUGCAUCGAAUGGCUGCGCUGACAAUGUGGGAAUGUGUGAACAGCUCUGUCUGCCUCGACCAAAUGGCCUUUUGACAUGUGCAUGUGCAACAGGUUUUAAACUUAACCCUGACAACCGGACCUGUGCUCCCUAUCAGUCCUAUGUCAUCAUCUCCACUCUGUCUGCCAUUAAAGGCUUCAGUCUGGAAGGGUCUGAUCACUCUGAGGCCAUGGUCCCUGUUGCUGGAAGAGGCCGUAAUGCACUCCACAUUGACGUGCACAUGGCUUCUGGUUACAUAUAUUGGUGUGACUUCAGCAGCACUUUGGCAAUGCAAAAUGGGGUCAGACGCAUAAAACCUGAUGGCUCAGGAUUGCAUAGCAUAGUUACAUCUGGAAUUGGUCGGAAUGGUAUUCGAGGCAUUGCUGUGGACUGGGCUGCAGGUAAUUUGUAUUUCACCAACGCCUUUCUGACUGAGACCUACAUUGAGGUACUUCGCCUGAACACAACUUUCCGCAGGGUGCUGCUGAAGACCCAGGUGGAUAUGCCACGCCACAUUGUUGUAGACCCCAGAAAUAGAUACCUGUAUUGGGCUGAUUAUGGUCAGACUCCAAAAAUUGAAAAGGCACUUUUGGAUGGAACCAACCGCACAAUUUUAGUGUCCUCUGGGAUUAUCACCCCACGAGGCCUCGCUCUGGACUGGCAAACUGGCUACGUGUAUUGGGUUGAUGACUCUCUUGACAUGAUUGCUCGAGUCAACCCCCACAGAGGGGAGACAGAGAUUGUCAGGUAUGGCAGUCGCUACCCAACCCCUUAUGGAAUUACAGUGUUUGAGAAUGACAUAAUUUGGGUGGACAGAAACCUUAAGAAGGUUUUCAAAGCGAGCAAAGAGCCAGGGAACACAGAGCCGCCUGCUGUCAUUAGAGACAAUAUCAACGUAUUGAGAGAUGUAACUAUCUUUGACCAGCGGACUCAACCCACCAGUGCCCUGGACCUGAACUACAACCCUUGCAUGGAAACCAAUGGAGACUGUGCCCACUUCUGCUUUGCCCUUCCAGGCUCUAGYGCAGGCACACAAAAUAAAAAGUGCAGCUGUGCUUUUGGGGAUCUUGCAGCAGAUCAAAAGAGCUGUGAGAUGUCAAAGAAUGAUUACCUCAUCUACACCACUGAGAGUACGGUUCGCAGCUUGCGGCUUGAUCCAGAAGACCAUGCAUURCCCUUUCCUGUCGUCAACGUGCUUCGUACAUCAGUGGCUCUAGAUUUUGACCUUGUAGACAAUAGGAUCUACUUCACACAAAGUUCAGGGUCAGGAGCAAGCAAGAUCAGCUACAUCAGCCUGUCUCUCCCCACUUCACCUCCUGUUGUUGUAGCGUCCGAUCUUGGAGCUCCUGAUGGUGUUGCUUAUGACUGGAUAAACAAACGUAUUUACUACAGUGACUUUGUAAACCAAAGCAUCAGUUCUAUGUCUGUGGAUGGUGCUCAGAGAAGUAUGAUUGCUCAUGUACCCAGACCAAGGGCCAUCAUGUUGGAUCCCUGCCGAGGAUACAUUUAUUGGACAGACUGGGGAGUCCAUGCAAAAAUUGAGCGAGCCACGUUGGGUGGAAACUUCCGAACAGAGAUUGUGAAUAGCAGUCUGGUGUGGCCAAAUGGUCUUACUUUGGACUAUGAAGAAGAGAGGCUUUAUUGGGCAGAUGCCAGCUUACAGAAGAUUGAGCGAUCCUCUCUCACGGGAUCCAACCGUGAGGUCAUUGUCAGCACGGCCAUUUACCCAUUUGCCAUGACCAUGUUUGGUCAGUUUAUCUAUUGGACUGACUGGAAUACCCACAGUAUAUAUCGAGCCAACAAGUAUGAUGGCUCUGACCUGAGGGUUAUGAUUCAGAACCUUCCUUCUCGACCAAUGGACAUCCAUGUUUUGGCCAGCAGGAAGCAGCAGAAGUGUGAAAGUCCCUGCCAGCAGUUCAAUGGAGGCUGCAGCCACAUCUGCACAUCAGGUCCAAAUGGAGCUGAGUGUCAGUGUCCCACAGAGGGCCGCUGGUAUUUGGCUGACAAUAAGUACUGCAUACCUGAUAAUGGGACUCGCUGCCAGCCAGGCCAGUUCACCUGCAUGAACGGCCGAUGUAUUCGAGCACAAUGGAUAUGCGACAAUGACAAUGACUGUGCAGAUGGCAGCGAUGAGUUUGAGAGAGUCUGUGGAUCUAACCCAAUCUUCAGCUAUGCUGCCCCACAGUUGCUGUCAUCUUUUAUUGCCUUGUCAGCCUUCCACACCUGUGAGCCUACGGUGUUUACCUGUGGGAACGGUCGAUGCGUUCCCUACCACUACCGCUGUGACCAUUAUGAUGACUGUGGAGACAAUAGCGAUGAAGUGGGCUGCCUGUUCAGACCCUGUGACCCCAAUACAGAGUUCACCUGCAACAAUGGGCGCUGCAUCGCAAGGGAUUAUGUCUGCAACGGCAUCAACAACUGCUACGACAACGGGACUUCUGAUGAGCAGAACUGCCCGGAGAGAACCUGCCAGCCAGAGCAAACAAAAUGUCAGUCUACAAACAUCUGUAUCCCACGUUCGUACCUGUGUGAUGGAGACAAUGACUGCGGAGACAUGAGUGACGAGAGCCCAACACAUUGUGCUACAUCCACUUGUUCUCAGAGUGAGUUUCGUUGCUCCAGCGGCCGUUGCAUCCCCGCCCACUGGUACUGUGACGGAGGGUCCGACUGCUCUGAUGGCUCAGAUGAACCCCACUCCUGCACCAUGCUGGCCAGAACCUGCAACACAGAUCAGUUCCGCUGUGAUGAUGGCAGGUGCAUCGCUUUAUCUUGGAUCUGCGAUGGGGACAAUGACUGUGGUGACAUGAGUGAUGAGGACCAGAGACACAACUGUGCCAACCGCACGUGCUCAAGUACAGAGUUCACCUGUGUGAACAACCAGCCCCCUCAGCGGAAAUGUAUUCCUCGUGACUGGGUGUGUGAUGGAGAUGCGGACUGUGCAGAUGCGUUAGAUGAGCAUCAAAACUGUACACACAGAUCCUGUGGCAUCAAUGAGUUCACCUGUGGGAAUGGUCUCUGCAUCCGCAGCUCCUAUAGGUGCGAUCGUCGCAACGACUGCGGAGACGGCAGUGAUGAGCAGGGCUGCACCUACCAACCUUGUCAGUCGCACCAGUUCACCUGCCAGAAUGGCCGCUGCGUGUCACGUGACUUUGUCUGCGACGGAGACAAUGACUGCGGGGACGAGUCUGAUGAACAGGAGCACAUGUGUCAUACUCCCGCUCCCWCCUGCCCCCCGGGAGAGUUCAGGUGUGAAAAUGGACACUGCAUCUCUCUGAGCAAAGUGUGCGACAGGAAUGAUGACUGCUCCGACAACAGUGAUGAGAAAGGAUGUGGUGUCAAUGAAUGCACUGACCUGUCCGUCCACCACUGUGAUCACAACUGCACUGACACGCCCACCAGCUUCAUAUGCACAUGCCGUCCCGGCUACCGUUUAAUGUCCGACAGCAAAACGUGCGACGACGUCGAUGAGUGCGCGGAGACGCCGAGCGUGUGCAGUCAGAUCUGCGAAAACACCGUCGGCUCCUACAUGUGCAAGUGCUCUCCAGGGUUCCUCAGGGAGCYGGACGGACGCAGCUGCCGUCAGAACAGCAACAUCUCGCCGUACCUCAUCUUCAGCAACCGCUAUUAUCUGAGGAACCUGUCGACAGACGGGCAGGCCUACUCGCUCAUUCUGCAGGGCCUGACCAGCGUGGUCGCUCUGGACUUUGAUCGCGUUGACAAGCGCCUCUAUUGGGUCGACGUAAACCGUCGAGUGAUUGAGAGGAUGUCUUUCAACGGCAGUAACAGAGAGGUAGUGGUCAACGGAGUUCUGCAUGGAGAAGGACUUGCGGUUGACUGGGUAGGCAGGAAGCUCUACUGGGUGGACAGCUUCUUGGAUUGUCUUCAAGUGUCUGAACUAGAUGGUCGCUUUGUCAGAAAACUGGCCGAACACUGCGUCGAUGCCAACAACACUUUCUGCUUUGAAAAUCCCAGAGGAAUUGUUGUGCAUCCGAAAUAUGGAUACAUUUACUGGACAGACUGGGGAGAUAAAGCUUUUAUUGGUCGUGUYGGAAUGGACGGAACCAACAAAACAGCGAUCAUCACCACAAAGCUGGAGUGGCCCAACGGCAUCACAAUCGACUACACAAAUGAUAAACUCUACUGGUCAGAYGCGCAUCUCAACUACAUUGAAUUCUCUGACUUGGAGGGUCGGCACAGACACACAGUGUAUGAUGGAAACCUACCUCAUCCAUUUGCACUGACUGUUUUUGAGGAUACUGUAUAUUGGACUGACUGGAACACACGCACAGUGGAGAAAGGCAACAAAUACGACGGCUCUGCUCGGGAAGUUCUGGUUAACACCACGCACAGACCAUUUGACAUUCAUGUAUGCCAUCCUUACAGGCAGCCUAUUGUAAACAAUCCCUGCGCUGUGAACAAUGGGGGCUGCUCACACCUGUGCCUAAUCCGUCAUGGGGGGCGCGAACACACCUGCCAGUGCCCCGACCAUUUCCUGGCUGUUCGAAUAGGACGUGUGACCCGAUGCCUUCCCAUGUGCACAAGCACGCAGUACAGAUGUGCAAACAAUGAACGUUGUAUUCCUAUCUGGUGGAAGUGCGACGGUCAGCGGGACUGCAGAGAUGGCUCCGAUGAGCCCUCCACUUGUCCGAAUCGCCACUGCCGACUCGGCCAAUUCCAGUGCAACGAUGGGAACUGCACCAGUUCACACUUCCUUUGUAACAGCAACCGGGACUGUCCUGAUGGUUCGGAUGAAGAUGUUGUUCUGUGUGCUACGCACCAAUGUGAGAGCCAUCAGUGGCAAUGUGCAAAUAAGCGGUGCAUCCCUGAAUUGUGGCAGUGCGAUGGUGAGGAUGACUGCGGUGAUCAGUCGGACGAAGACCCUGCCCACUGCUCCACCCGGACUUGUCGCCCUGGACAGUUCAAGUGCCGAAACGGGCGCUGCAUCCCACAGAGCUGGAAAUGUGAUGUUGAUGAUGAUUGUGGCGACAAUUCAGAUGAACCUCUAGAGGAAUGUAUGGGACCAGCCUAUCGAUGUGACAACCACACAGAAUUUGACUGCAAGACCAACUACCGCUGUGUGCCGCUGUGGUCUGUUUGUAACGGUGAAAACGACUGCCGAGACAAUAGCGAUGAGCAGAGCUGCCAUGAAGUGAGCUGUGAUCCUACCGGAGAUUUCCGCUGUGACAACCAUCGCUGCAUCCCGCUGAGAUGGAGGUGUGAUGGUGAUGAUGACUGUGGGGAUAACUCUGACGAACACAGCUGCACGCCGCGCUCGUGCACAGAGAGCGAGUUUCGCUGUGACAAUCUGCGCUGCAUUCCCGACCGUUGGGUCUGUGACCAUGACAACGACUGUGAGGACAACUCGGAUGAAAGGGACUGCGAGUUGCGGACAUGUCACCCUGGCUACUUUCAGUGUGGGAGUGGACACUGCAUCGCUGAACGUUUCAAAUGUGACGGCAAUGCCGACUGUUUGGACUUCACGGAUGAGACAUCAUGUCCAACUCGAUUUCCCAACGGCACAUACUGCCCACCCACCAUGUUUGAAUGCAAGAACCACAUUUGCGUCCAGCCCCACUGGAAGUGUGACGGAGACAACGACUGUGGAGACAACUCAGAUGAGGAGCUGCACCUCUGCUUGGACAUCGAAUGUGAGGCUCCGUUCCGUUUCCGAUGCGACAACAACCGCUGCAUCUACAACCAUGAGUUGUGUAACUCCGUCAACGACUGUGGUGACAGCUCUGACGAAAAACAGGAAAACUGUCAACACCCCACACACGGACCUUGUAGUGAUGAAGAGUACAAAUGCAGCAACAGGCAGUGCAUCCCUCUUCAGUACACCUGUGAUGAUUAUGACGACUGUGGAGACGAGUCGGAUGAGCGUGGGUGCCACUCCGACAGCAGACACACCUGCAGCGCAAACAUGUGCGAACACAACUGUACAGACCUSACAGGAGGAGGCUUCCUCUGCUCCUGCAGACCUGGCUACAGACCCAGAGACACAGAAAGACACAUGUGUGAAGAUGUGAACGAGUGUGAGGUGUUUGGAACGUGCCCUCAGGACUGCAGGAACACAAAGGGCAGCUAUGAGUGCUUCUGCUCGGAAGGUUUUCUGUCUUUUGGUGAGCCUCACGGGACUGAGUGUGCUGCGCAAGGAAACCCUCCAGUGUUGCUUUUACCAGACAAUGUUCGCAUCCGUCGUUUCAAUCUGUCCUCGGAGCAGUAUUCAGAUUAUAUUGACAAUGCYGAGCACAUUCAAGCCUUGGACUACCUGUGGGAUCCAGAGGGUGAAGGCCUCAGUGUUGUUUACUGGACAGUUCUUGGUCAAGGAUCCCAGUUUGGCUCGAUCAAACGUGCCUACAUGACCACGUUCAACGAUUACGGCAACAACCCUGUGAAAGAGGUGAAUCUGAACCUGAGGUAUAUUGUUAAACCGGAAGGCAUCGCUGUCGACUGGGUUGGCAGGCAUAUUUACUGGACAGAUUCAGGGACCAACCGAAUUGAAGUGGCCAAGCUGGAUGGGCGGUACAGGAAGUGGUUGAUUUCCACUGAUCUCRAUCAGCCUGCUGCCAUCGUUGUGAAUCCAUCAGUGGGGAUGAUGUACUGGACAGAUUGGGGAAACAAACCCAAAAUCGAGUCAGCGUGGAUGGACGGUCAGCACAGACAGGUGCUGGUGAAGGAGGAGGACCUGGGCUGGCCUACUGGGCUGGCUCUGGACUACGUGAAUGGAAACAGAAUCUACUGGUGUGACUCCAAAGAAAACAUCAUUGAGUCCAUGAAGCCCGAUGGCACAGACAGAAAGAUUGUCAUAUCAGGAGAUAUUGGCCAUCCGUAUAGUCUGGAUGUAUUCGAGGGGCAUGUGUACUGGACAACAAAAGACAAAGGUGAAGUGUGGAAGACGAACAAGUUUGGACGAGGACAUAAAGUCAAAGUUCUUACAAUCAACCCCUGGCUGACGCAAGUUCGUCUUUACCAGGAGCACCGGCACAACCGGUCAGUAUCCAACCCCUGUAAGAAUGUGUGCAGUCACCUGUGCCUCCUCCGACCUGGUGGGUACACCUGCGCCUGCCCACAAGGCUCCUCUUCAUCGAGUAUCGACUCGACAGAAUGUGAUGCAGCCAUUGAGCCUCCUGUUCCAAUGCCUCUUGCAUGCAGAUGCAUGAAUGGUGGAACCUGCUACACAGAUGAAGGGGGUCUGCCGAAGUGCAAAUGUCCGUAUGGCUAUAUUGGUAGCUACUGUGAGAUUGGCAAAUCUAGAGGAGCUCCACCUGGAACAGCUGUGGCUGUUCUGCUGGCUGUUAUUAUCAUCCUGAUUACUGGAGCUUUGGCUGUCGGGGUUUUCCUCAAUUACAAACGAACAGGAUCUUUUAUCCCCUCUAUGCCUAAACUGCCCAGCCUCACCAGUCUGGUGAAGUCGGCUGACACCGGGAACGGGGUGAUGUUUCGSUCGGGUGAUAAUGUAGACCUCGGGCCGUCGCACAUUGGAGUGUCUGUUAUCGACACAGCCAUGCAGAUGGAUGAUAAUUUUGCCAUCGAUGCUGGGAGGCAACCAAUCACGUUUGAGAACCCGCUGUAUGCCACUGCCCCACUGUCGGGUGAUGCUGCUGUCAUCCAUGCUUCACAGGUGACUGUCAAUGUGAGCGGCGAUCAGUUGAAUAACUUUGUGAACCCGACGUAUCACGAAGAUCAGAACGUGGGCAUCGUUAACACAACCUCUGUUAGCAGUAUCCCUGUUCAGGAGUCAAAGUGGAGUUUAUUCAAGAGAAAAUUAAAGCCAAGCGCCACGUUUGAAAACCCUUCAUAUUCAGAGAUGAAAGAUGAAAAGCCGGGAAGCAGUGCGGACUCUUCUGCCCCGGAGCCGUCUCCGUUCGUCCCCGCCGCCAAAAGCUCGAAGAAGGAUCGUCCCAGCACCUUCUCACCGACCGAGGACAGUUUCAAAGACACAGCCAACCUCGUUAAAGAGGACACCGACGUAUAACACCCUCUCUAAUGGAGGGGAAUCAAAGAAAAGACACACUUUGCACAGAAUUAAUUUUUUUUAAAUGCAGCCUGUGUACAAACGUAAUUUGUUUAAAGACAGAAAAAAAUAUAUAAUGAAGAAAAAACUUCUUCUGUUGCUAUGCCUUCUGACAUUUCUUAUGCCAAUUUUGUGGUAAUGUUUUUUUCUUUCAUUACGAUGUACAAUUUGUAUAUCUUUGCACUGAAGCUGUUGAUAGAAAUGUUAAUAUGUUGUAUAUUUGUAAAUUUCAGCAGUAGGAUUUUCUCAAAACGUAUCUUUAGAUUUUAAUUCUCACCAUAAAACUUGCGAUAUAACAAGCCUAAAGUGUGAGCUGCAUUUUGAAUGUAUGUGAUCAAAGGUUACAAGAGAAAUGUGAUGUUGUGCAACCAGCUAAAGAUGUUUUUACUCCGUAUUGAAUAUACCUCAUUUCAGGGCUGACAAAUUAAAGCACAAUAAAAAUCAGUUUUUAACCACUUUCAA